CGUCUGACAGCUAACCAGCACUCACCCAUCUCCGCCUGAUCACAUACAAAGUAGUCGCGAUGUCCCUCCCCAACGAGCUUCCUAGCAAGGAGGAGUUCCAAGAAACGCCCUCGACGUCAUGCUCGUCCUCGGAGACAGGCGUAGUCAUCAAGCCUCACCUCGACGAUGAAGAAGAUGGCGGCCGCGAGGCGUGGAUGACGCUCGCGGGCGCUUUCUGCGCCAUGUUCGUCCAGUUCGGCCUCAACAACGCCUUUGGCGUCUUUCAGGCCUACUACGAGACACACCAGCUCGCUGCCCACUCGUCAGACGCGGUCGGCUGGCUCGGUGGCAUCCAGCAGUUCCUGUUUAUGGCAGGAGGCCUCAUCACGGGCCGCCUGCUGGACGCGCGCGGCCCACACUUCUGCAUCGUCCCCGGUUCCAUCCUCCUCGUAGCCAGCCUCUUCAUCACCUCGGUCUGCACAAAAUACUACCAAUUCAUGCUGGGGCAGGCAGUGCUGUUCGGCGUUGGCGCCGCGCUCAUCUUCACCCCCGUCAUCUCCCUGCCCAACCAGCAUUUCCCGCGGCGCCGGGCCAUGGCCGGCGCCCUCGCUAUCAGCGGGAGUGGCCUCGGCGGCGUCUGCUGGCCCAUCAUUCUCCAGCGCCUCAUCGCACAAGUCGGCUUCGGCUGGGCGCUCCGCAUCUCCGGCUUCAUCUCGGCCGCGCUCCUCGCCGUUGCAUGCGCCCUCAUCCGGCCCCGCUUCCCGCCCCGCAAAGCCACCCCCUUCCUUGACACCCUCAAGUGCUUCAAAGACCCGCAGUGGCUCCUGCUCGCCUUCGGCGUCUCCCUGUCCACAGCUGGCUGCUUCAUGCCCUCGUUCUUCAUCACGCUGCGCGCCAUCCAUCUCGGCGCCGGCGACCUUGCAUUCUACACUCUCUCCAUCCUCCUCGGCGCAUCCAUGGUCGGCCGCCUAGCCGCCUCCCUCGGAGACAUCACCGGCCGCUUCAACCUCAACAUCGUGUCGACACUUUGUGUCGGCAUCCUCAUCCUCACAUUCUGGGUGCCGCUGCGCAACUUCGACCAGCUCCUCGGGUUUGCCGUGGCAUACGGCCCGUUCUUCGGCCUUCUCUUCUCACUCAACACGCCGUGCAUGGCCCAGAUCAGCGCACCGGACCAAGUCGGCGCCAGGACAGGCAUGAUGUUCGCCCUCAAUGCUCCGUUCAACCUCGUCGCUGUCCCGAUCGCCGGCGCUAUCGUGUCGGCACACCCCGGCGAGGCGGGAUUCCGGCUCGCAGGUGUAUUUGGCGGCUGCCUCUGCCUCACAGGAGCAGUGUUGAUGGCGGGUGCUAGACUGCGCAUGGACCCGCGGUUGACGGCCAGGGUGUAGAUUAUUGUACAGUAUAUUCACAUAGACACCUCCGGGUAUAGACUGAUAGACGGCCCACAUAGAUGGAUAGAUGUAAUAUCUGCG